UAAUACAUGUGUAUUUUGCAGGACCCGCCAUGGAUCUAAAGGCAAUCACUGCCCUGAGGAACAAGCUAGACAAAGAGCAGAAGAAGAAGGACGCCGGCCUCCAGAAGCCAGUUGAUGCCUUCUUUAAGAAGGAUGGUGCUGCCCCGGUUGUCGAGGGCACUUCCAAGGGCGCGGGAGAAGGCCCUCAGGUCGAGGGGGGGACCAGGAAAAGAGCCGGCAAAGGCCAGGUGCCCCCGGAAAAGAAAAGGCCGAAGAAGGGAGCUGCCGAGAAGAUCGACAUUCCGGUGCUGAAUGUAGAAGAGCUGUCUUCCUCCCAGGCGCUGGUGUCUACCCCCCCUCGCUCCCCCGCUGUUCCUGUUGCCGGCGAGUCAUGGCCUCGAGAUAGGUCGCUCCGCGAGGAAGGGGGCUGCCAUCGCGCAUGGCACCUUGGACCCGAAGGAGUUCCUAAAUGGUGCUACCCCUCCGCUUGAUAGGUCGCUCCUCGGCCGUUAUGGGGAUGAGGCCCUUGAGUCAAAGCUCCUCCAGGCCUCCGUUACAGCUAGCGUGUUCCUCGGAGAACACGUCCGGAGGCUGGAGCAAAUGCGUGCUCGCAAGGCGGAGGAUGACGAGGCCCUCAGGAAGCUCGUCGCGACAAAUACCGAGGCCAUCCGACAGGUGGCAGCGCUCGAGGAGACCCUCCGGCUAGAGAGGGAGGCCGUGGCAGCGAAACUUGAGGGCGCUAAGGCCGAGGGAAAAGCCGAGGCGGAGGCAGCAGCUGCUGCGGCAGCCAAGGAAGCAGCCGAGGCCGCAGAGAAGUCGAAGGCGGAGGCGGCAUCUCAAGCUGUCGCAGACUUUGUUGUCGGAGGAUGGAGGGGGGAGGACCAGGAGGCGUGGAGGGCCGUAGUUGUCCGGGAAGAAGUCGAUGCCUGGGUCAAGGGCCCCGGUGCUGAAUGGCUGGCGCUGAAGGGCAACGAAUAUUGGCAAGGGGGGAGUUCUUCACCCAACGCCUGAUCUACCGAAAGCUUGCCGCGCAUCAAGGGGUCGACUUGAAGGACUUCAAACCCGACUCAUUCGGCUUGCCCCCGCUCCAGCCGGAUGUCAGAGUUCCCCUGCCCGAAGGCAUGGAGAGGCCCAUCCUCCGAGACUCUUUGCUGCUGCAGGAAUGCGGCGGAGACGAGGAAGAGGCUGGCGAUGAUGCUACUUCUAAAGCUGCCGAGGAGGGGGCCUCAACUGCUGAUACUUAGAAUUUUCGUAGCAUUUUUAAUGUAAUACUCACGUCAGCUAUCGGCUUCGGCCUUAAUGUGUAAAGAAACAUCUUUUGGUACUUGAAUAUUGGUUUUCAGUGAUGAAUGAUUUGCCUUCGGGCCUUUUCUCAACGGAUGUCUCCUUUCUUUUCGAAUUUGAAUGCAUGCCUUUGUUUCUUUUUGUGUAUGAAUGUAUGCUUCUUCCUUUCUUCCAUAUGAAUGUCUGCUCUCCCGGAGGCCCCU